AUGGCUGAAGAAUUUCGGACUGUGCUCGGUGAGCUGCGUGACAACAACCGGAUGCGCAUCAAUUUACUUACGAUGCUAGCGGAAGAGAACCAAUCUGAAGCUGCCGCCAUAGUUCAAAUCAUACGCGAUCGGAUUGAGACGGUCCGUUCUGAACAACGCUUGCCGAUCCUCUACGUCAUUGACUGCAUCCUGAAGAACAUUGAGUCGUCAAACUUUCAGCAACACUUCCCGAAGAUAAUAGUCGAGGUUUUUUGCACAACCUUUGUCGGGGCAAAUGAGCAUGUACGGACCGGGCUUUUCAACCUUCGACGCACCUGGGGCGACUUUUUUGAAAAAGACAAAUUGUACGAGCUUGAUAUGAAAGUGAAAGAGCUUGAUCCGGCUUGGCCUUUUCCGCUGUCGCAAGCGCAACCACAAGCUACUCAACCAUCAGCCGCGCCAGCGGGCAACCGUGACAAGACACGAGCCGAUAGAGCUGGUACGAGCCAACAACCACCAGCCGCACCAAAGGUACAAAAGAAGCCUGAACCGGUCAAGCCUCGGCCACCGCCUUCCAUGCAAGCUCCCAAAAAAUCAAUUUUGAAACAGCCGAAGCCUGAGCCAGUAGAUGAAGACUACGAUCGCUUCGAUGGAUCGAGUGCAACGAAGCGUUCGUUGGAUGAAUCCGCUCAGAACGACCCUCGGCAGCAAGCCAGCGCCGGCGAACUUGGACCCCGUGCUCCAAAACGGCCAUUUAGCCAGAGCACCGCGCCCCGCAGCAAUUUAACACUGGUCCUCCCGUUGCUGUCAUCAGCCCCUGGGCCCAGCCACCCCGACGAGACGGCCCACCAUUCCAUCCACAGGGCCCGCCAGCAUUUCAACACGCGCACCAAUUCGCCUCAUCUUCACAAUCUACCGCUGGGAGAGCCGCAAGACGUGAAGCCAUUCCUUGGACCGGUGGCGCACCACGAAGGCGUACAUGGUCAUCUUCAGGAUGUGAAGCCAUCCCCGAUACAACACCAGGCAUUCGCUCCGAACGACCCCCGUGCUCCCCAGAUACACCAAUGGCCAAAGUCCAACAGCCCGUCAUCUACCUCGCCAGCGCAGAUCGUCCUCGAGGAAAUCAAAUUCGAAGGUGUCCCGGAGAAUAACCGUAUUUUCUUCGACGGGAAGGCCUACGAGAUGUAUCAUCUUGCUUUUGGCGAGUCCAAGAAAGUCCUCAUCGACGGUGACGAGCAUACCAUCCGCUUUGGUGGUCCAUCCAAGGAACUCUUUAUGGGUGACUAUGCCUUCAAGGGAACCUUUGGCGGACCUCCGAUCUUUGCUACCAUUAACGGCGUUCGACACGAGAUCCGUCUUGGCGGUCCCGCACCCGAGGUAAAAGUCGAGCCCACUCCUGCAUACGAGCUGGCCCGGCACUUGAACUUUGCUCGAAAGCCGGCCCCGGCGCCGCCUGUAGCUGCACCUCAGCCAGAAGGGACCCAUAUGACGGGGGAUGGAAAAAUUCACCUGAGCGACUACCUGAAGUACAUCUUGCGGACGUGCAAGCAACAGCAACCAUCACAGCCGGUUCUUGACGAGUCGCAGAUGCCAAUCCCGACUGGUCCGGUCCGCAGACCUCAUCCACCAAACCUGAAGAGUUUCAACGUGCACAAUUUCAAAAUUUGCUACGACUCGGUGAUUGCCGACCUUCACGAUAAAGCCAACUGCUGCCCAAAGUGCGGAAUCAAGAAGGAUAUCUUCUUUGGCGAUGGUUUCAACCGACAUAUCGAGUCGCAUGUCAGGGAGAACCUUCAGAGGGAGGGGAAGAAGUCUGUGAUCAAGCAGCGCGCCUGGUAUAUGGGCAAAGACGCCUGGGUUCACGACCCUGGCUAUGAUGAGCAGGAGACCGAGAAAGAGGCUGAAAAAGAUGCAGAGAAAGAGCCGGCUAAAAAAGGAUAUGUUCCCGUCAUAUUAGCUGCUGGCGACACCGGCAAGAAGGAAUGCUUUGCUUGCCGCGACAGCUUCAAGCGGGUGUUUGACGAUGAGGAGGAAGUCUGGAUGCUCAAGGAUUGUGUGAUUUCGCAAGGACGCUACUUCCACGAAAGCUGCGUUUACGAGGUGCAGGAAGCGAAGGUCAUCACGCUGGAUACCACAAUCGAGAGCGAGAUGGAUACCCUCAACACCACAUCUGGUACAGAUGAUAUGGAUGAUGCCGACAUCAAGGACGCUGACAAUGCUCAAGAACCCGGCUCCUCGUCCCAG